AUGAGGACCUUAAUUUUUGUCCUCGCACUGAGCGUCUUCUCGUGCUCAGGGCUUCCAGUCUACGACUAUGAGCUCCCUGUCACAGAAGAUGCUCUCAACGCUUCCAUUGCAAGGGUCAAUGCCCGGUCCUGGGGGACAAACCUCUACGGUGUUGUCAGGAGCCAUGUCACAAGAGUGGACAUGUGGAACAGUGACACUUACAGACUAGAGCUGCAGUUCAGCAUUCGGGAAACUGUGUGCACGAAAGCUUCGGGGAGAGACCCCUUCACGUGCGACUUCAAAAUGGGGCCUUUCGUGCCAACCGCUUUCUGCAGAAGUGUUGUGGAAGUCUCCGGCGAGCUGAUCUCAAACGUUAUGGUGCAGUGCCAUCGUGGCGCAUCCAGCUCUGAAUCCAUGAGCAGCGAGGAGAUGAUGUAUAUGCCGAUAACGAACCCCAACAGGCGAGGCAGCAGUCGCAGGGAAGAUGUGUUUGCUCCUGAAGCCUUCCCUUCAAGAGGAAGAGGCGGCAGCCGUGGAGACCGGCACCAACCCAGCUAUUUCAGCUCUGACAAGAUUGAGUAA